AUGGGGUUUGAUGCGAUAUGGAUAUCUCCCAUCGUUGCGCAGCUGCCACAAUUCACAAAAGAUGGACAGAGUUAUGCCGGUUACUGGCAGCAGGAUCUGUACUCAAUCAACACGAAGUUUGGGCCCGCGGACGAUCUGCACAAGCUCAUCGAUGCUGUGCACUCGCGCGGCAUGCUCUUUAUGCUUGAUAUAGUGGUCAACCACAUGGCAUACAAUUCGUGGACCGGUGGACCACCAGCAAACAUCAGUUACGAUGUGUUCAACCCUUUCAACGACCAGAGCUACUUCCAUCCAUACUGCGAGAUGGACUUUUCUGGCAAGAACUUGACAUCCCUUGAGGAGUGCUGGUUGGGCUCGGAUCACGUCCCACUCGCAGAUUUAGACACCGAGUCUGAUUCUGUCAAGUCAAUGCUCGGUGAUUGGAUCAAGCAAAUAGUUGGGAACUGGUCUGUCGAUGGUCUGCGUAUCGACGCUGGGGUCAACGUGCAGCCCGAUUUCUUCCCCGAUUUUAUAAAGAGCGCGGGGAUAUUUGCGACUGCUGAGGUGUACCACUCGAAUGCUUCGGUGGUGGCCAUGUACGAGGACGCGGUUGGCAGUACUCUCAACUAUCCAUUAUACUGGCCUUUGACAUCCGCUUUUCAGAGCGAUGGCAAGAUGGGUGAUCUGGCGGACGCUAUGAAUACCAAUGCACAGGCGUUCAAGGACGUGACCGUUCUCGGCACAUUCAGCGAGAACCAGGAUGUACCGAGAUUCGGCAAUUCCACUGACGAUAUGGCGCUUGCUACAAAUGUUGCGGCUUUUGUACUGAUGUCCGACGGAAUUCCUAUCAUUUACCAGGGCCAAGAACAGCAUUAUCGAGGAGGCACCAAUCCUUACACAAACCGAGAGCCAUUGUGGGAAACCGGCCUCAACCCUUUCGCCUCGAUAUACCAAACCAUAUCCACACUAAACGCACUCCGGCAUCAGGUCAUACAGAAAGAUAAGUCGUAUACUACGAUGGCGAGUACCGUAGUGCAAGAGGACGACCACAUACUAGUCACGGCGAAGGGAAGCAAGGGCGCGCAGGUCAUUUCGAUCUUCACCAACGGUGGAGACAACGGUGGCGCAUUCACGCUGGAUGUACCCCUGAGCGAUUUUGGAUAUGCGGCCAACACCCAGCUCAUGGAAGUCCUGACCUGCAAGACCUACAAUCUGGAUGGCCAGAGCUCACUCUCAAUACCAAUCAGUGCAGGCGCACCAGCCGUACUUUAUCCAGCAUCUUCGCUCAGCGGCUCGUCUCUUUGCGGACAGAGCGGAGACAGGUUCUUGGGGAGCGUGAUACAGACGGUCACUGCCACCACGUACACUGCUACCAUCAGCAGCACACCUACAGUCGUGCAAUCGACAGUCUCGUACCCUAUCAUUCAAUCAGAGAUCACAUCGACAGCAGGAGCUGGUGGAGCCACGUCGACCAGUAUGGCCGUGCCAAGUCGGCCAGCAAGUUCGACGUUACUGGGGCUGACCCUCACGGUCGGAGCAGCAAUCACAGGCGGCUUAUUCGGCUGUCUGCUGAUAGUAUGA